GCAGCCUGGAUGAAGGCCCGAGGCCCAGGCGGGAGGCCGGCAUGCCGCUCAACCCCAGGGACUUCGUGGAGAUCCGGCCCCUGCCUUCCCCGGGGGGCCUGGAGCCUCGGGGCCUGCCCGAAGGGGCCACCCGGCGGCAGGUGGUCUUGGAAGGCUACCGGCGGAGGGUCAGGCAGCUCACCGGGCAGGGCUACUUCAGCCCCAGCGGGAAGCCCUACCAGGAGUUCGCCGGGCCCCUCUGCCUCGACCCGAAGAGGCUCACCCUCCAAGGCCUUGGACAGCUCCCUGCGGAAUUUCUGAGAGAGGAAGCCUCCUACACAGACAGCAUCAAGGCAGAUGAUUCUAUUAGACUGAAGAAGCCAAAACCAACAGAAAAGGCACCGAAAAAGAGUAUCUCGAACUUUAGAAACUUAGAAAAGGAUCUGAAGAACCUCCACAAGGAACUUUUGCACACAAGUCAUUUGAUCAACACCGUGAAGCGGGGCCGUGGGUAUUUCUAUACACUCCGCAAGGAAGACGAGGAGAGGAAGAACACACUCCUGAUGGAACAGCAGAAAGAAGAGGAGAGGUUGCGGACCGAGCUUCAGCCUCCGAAACCGGUCUCAUCCUCAUCCUCCGAUGAAGACGAGAUCGACAGGGAUUUAAACGAAAUUUUUCUAACAGAGUUUCCCUUUCGGAGAGAUACGGAGAAGAAGAAGAAGAAGCGGUUCAUCCAACCUUUCACCCCGCUCCACAAUGGCCUGCUGGCAAAAAGGCAUCCCAAUGCACGCUACGAGUCCAUGUUCCGCCAGCUCUGCGUCCUCAACUGGCUGCUGGAAGCGUUGACGCUUGAGCCCACCUAUAGCAUGAGGCCUCUGAUCACCUGCUGGGAUGCAAAGGACUACGGAGGUGGGAAGAGCACCAUGAAAGAGAUCAACCGAGAAAAGAUCCUGCAGUCUCGAUGGGAGCACUUCCUCACCCACAACACAGCCAAAAGGUUUGGCCAGCGGCCGCUUUUCCACAGCCAGGGCAAGAAGGUGGCCCGGAAGCCCGUGGCCCGGAGCGGCUCCAAGAUGAGCGGCCUCUCCUCCCCGCACAGCAAGACCACGCUGACCAGCUCCCCGACGCCCGGCUCGGAAGAGGUGGCCCACCUGGCUUCCGACAGCGCCCGGGACGUGGAGGACAUCGAGUCCUGCUACAGCAAGCAAACCAAGGAGGAGGAGGAGCCCAUGAGCUACUACCUGCAGACCCUGAUCCAGAUUGUGCACGAAGAUGUGGCCAAGAAUUUUAGCAAAGCAAAUUUGCUUUUCAACAUCAAGCGGCCCUAUUCGCACACUGUGUCGACCCGGUCAGAGCCAGGGAGCGAGGUGUUUGUCGGGACGCGGGUCAAAAGCUCCGCUUCGUCUUCAAGGGACGACAGGGGCAGCCCAGGAGCCAUGAGAGAAGGGACCCCGGCGGAGCAGAGGCUGAAGGGCUCCUUCAUUCGGAAGAAGGAAGAACUGUGCAACGAGAUGAAGAAGCACUUUUUUGAGGUGGCUCAGGAGUGCGCCUUCCGGCUUCACGAUCAGUUGGACAUCCUAGAAAGGAGGAGGGAGGAGAGGAGCAUCCAGAAAUAUAUGUGCCUGGGCCGCCUCAAGAAGUUCCGGAAAGACGUGGAACGAAUGAGGCAGGCCACCGUGGGGAAGGAGCCGGUUCAGGACGCUGAGGCCGAGAACUGGUUUUCCACUCUGCUGGCCAAGAUCCCAGCGGACGCCAGGGAAGAUCAUCGCACCCAGAAGAUCCUGAGGAAGCUCCAGCGCUUCGCCAGGAACCCCGACCUGCGCAUCCGGCCGAUCACUUUCCUGAAAGUGUUGGGAGGCCUUCGGAUCUGGGAGAUUUGCUCUCCGGACGUCUCUUCGGCUGUGCAGUUUCUGCGCGAAUAUGUCAUCCAGAUGCCUGCAGAAGAUUUCAAAAAGUGGCUGAGGUCUCGGGUCUCGAUCCCGAAGCCACACAGCGCCCCGCCGGCAGUCUGAGAAGACAACACAGCAAGAGCCAAAGAGUCUUUGGAGCGAGACAGUUGGCACCGACUCAAAGAGGCAGGACCGGAAGGCAAGGCCCAAGCGCUCCCUUACGGGGCACCCACUGCUCAUUCUCACCAGAGAAUUGAACAGCCCAAGUUCUCCCAAGUUGUUUUAACGUUACAGUGUUGAGUUUCUAGGUGUUUGGUUUGGUGUGUGUGAUGGGGGCAGUGUUGUGCCUCUUUCCAAUUGAGUGACCUGGUCGAUCCUUGGAGUGAUCAGCACCAGAAAAGGUCAUUGUUAGAUUUCUCUCCGUUUCCUGUGUUUACAUAUUACGGUCUUUCUCUCAAUUUCCUGUGUUAUGUUCAUUAACGGUUUUGAAAGUUGCUGACUUCUGAUUUAUUAAAAACUGCAACUACA